AUGGGGAAAAACCGGUGGUCCAAGUUGGAAAUGAUCCUUGUGGUCCUGUUUCUACUGAUGACAGUGAUAGCUGUCACUAUGAUCAUUCUGUUUGUCACAGGAGAACCUGGUGUCAGUAACGAUGAAACUACUGAUGUAUUUGUUCCUCAGUGUCCCAACAUUCCUCUGGCUGAGAGGGUAGACUGUUUCCCAGAUGCUGGAGCUUCAAAGAUUAAAUGUGAGCAGCGUGGCUGCUGCUGGAGCCCUCUGGAUGACAGAAAUGUUCCCUGGUGUUUCUUCCCAACCAACCAUGGUUACAGCGUGAAGUCGACCGAGUAUCCAAGCCCUUAUGUAAUGAACGCCCACCUGAAGAGAAUGGCCGCUCCUUCUUUAUUUGGUGCAGAUUUAGAGCAGCUGACUUUUCAUGCAGAAAUGCAGACAAACAAUCGACUUCGAUUCAAGAUCUUUGAUUCUCAAAGGCAGAGGUUUGAGGUUCCUCAUGAGCACAUCCCUACUGUCAGCAGUAACCCGUCCAGCCCUAUCACCAACUCACUGGAGAUCACGCAAAAACACUUUGGCCUCAUAGUGCGCAGGAAAGAGAACAAAAAAGUCCUGUUUGAUACUACAAUGGCUCCACUGGUAUUCUCAGACCAGUACUUACAGCUUUCUGCUAAGCUUCCAUCCCAUAAUAUUUACGGCCUGGGGGAGCAUGUGCACACAAGAUAUCGUCAUGACACAAACUGGAGAAACUGGCCCAUUUUUACCAGAGAUGCUCAACCUAAUGGGGGUAGACAUAACCUCUAUGGACACCAUCCCUUCUUCCUCUGUCUGGAAGACGAGAGUGGGAAGUCAUUUGGGGUUUUCCUCUUGAACAGCAAUGCUAUGGAGGUGACUCUGCAGCCCGCUCCAGCUGUGACCUACAGGACCGUGGGAGGUAUCUUUGACUUCUACAUUGUCUUUGGAGACACACCAGAACAAGUGGUGCAAGAGUACCUGGAGCUCAUCGGCAGACCUGUCAUUCCUCCCUACUGGUCCCUGGGGUUCCAGCUGUCUCGGUGGAACUAUGGGACUCUGAGCAACGUAAAGGAAGUAGUGGAGAGGAACCGUGCUGUGGGCCUUCCUUAUGAUAUUCAGUACACCGACAUUGACUACAUGGAGCACAUGAAAGACUUCACCUACGACAGGAACAGGUUCAGAGAACUGCCUCAGUUUGCUGAAUACCUGCAUGAGAAGGGACAGAGGUACAUCCUUAUCCUGGAUCCUGCAAUAGCCACCAGUAAGAGGGAGGGGGGCGCGCCAUACGAGUCCUACGACCGCGGGACUGAGAAGAACGUUUGGGUCACAGAGUCAGAUGGGAAAACUCCAGUGAUAGGACGGGUUUGGCCCGGGGAGACUGUAUUUCCAGACUACACCAGCCAAAACUGCAGCGACUGGUGGGUUGACGAGUACGAACGAUUCUACAAGGAGAUCAAACACGAUGCUCUCUGGAUCGACAUGAACGAGGUGGCGAAUUUCCUCAAAGGAUCAAAACAUGGGUGUGAUGAUAACAACCUGAACUACCCACCUUACACCCCGAAGAUUCUGAAUGACUUGAUGUACAGUAUGACCCUUUGCAUGGACGCCAAGCAGGCCUGGGGGAACCAUUAUGACGUGCACAGUCUGUACGGCUAUUCUAUGGUGCUGGCUACUGAGAAAGCCCUGCAGCGUGUGUUUGGAUCCAACCGGACCAUGAUGCUUACGCGUUCCUCCUUUCCAGGUGUGGGAAAAUAUGCAGGACAUUGGUUGGGGGACAAUGCUGCCACCUGGAAUGACUUAAAAUGGGCCAUACAUGGCAUGCUGGAGUUUGGGCUUUUUGGAGUACCUUAUGUAGGCGCUGAUGUUUGCGGAUUCUUUGAAAACUCAAGUGAAGAGUUGUGUCGCCGCUGGAUGCAGGUGGGCGCCUUCUAUCCCUUCAGUAGAAACCACAACGCUCUGGGCUUUCAGCCUCAGGAUCCAGCUGCAUAUGGCGCUGACUCACUGCUGGUGCAGAGCUCCAAACGUUACCUGAUGAUUCGCUACACCCUCCUGCCAUACCUCUACACACUGUUUUACAAAGCUCACACUGCAGGGGACACUGUUGUACGCCCAGUUUUACAUGAGUUUUACUCGGACCAAGCUACCUGGGAUGUGGACCUCCAGUUUCUCUGGGGAAAACACCUGCUCAUCACACCAGUGCUGGAUCAGGGUGCGGACAGAGUCCGGGCAUAUAUUCCAGAUGCCGUGUGGUACGACUAUGAGACGAUGGAGCGACUUUUGGAUCGCAAAAAUCAUGUUGAAAUGUACCUACCUGGAGAUAAACUGGGAUUACACAUCCGAGGGGGGGCCAUCCUCCCCACACAGAGACCUGAGGUCACCACCACACACAGUCGUCGAAACCCCAUGGGAUUGCUCGUUGCACUUGAUGAUAACAACCAGGCUGCCGGGGAGCUUUUCUGGGAUGAUGGGGAUUCUCGAGACACGGUCAAAAAUGGCAAUUUCAUCCACUACAAGUUCUCUGUCGACAAUGGAAUAUUGAACAUGCAGGUGACCAGUGCUGGUUAUAGAGACCCGAACAACCUCAGGUUUGAGAACAUCACGGUCCUCGGCAUGCCUUAUCCUCCCACGUCAGUUUCUGUGACUCAUGUUGAUGCAGAGACAACCACCGUCCUGCCAAACAUCAACAUACACCACGAUGGAGCCAAGGAGGUGCUUUUCCUGCAUGGCCUGUCCUUGAUGCUCGGGGAGACCUAUAUGGUUCAGUGGGACAUGAUGGCUGAAGAUUAUCAACGCUUUGACUGUCAUCCAGAAGAGCAUGCAGAUGAAGACAAAUGCAAAGCACGUGGCUGCAUCUGGAAGCCAAGCAGCAUUGAACGUGUUCCCUGGUGCUUUUAUCCAAGCGACUAUGGUUACACUGUUACAACAAUCAAAGAAAAUAAUUCUGGCAUCACCGCUGAUAUCACUCGAAACAUGAAAUACAGAACUAGCGGUCGUCCAGACUCUCCAGACAUUAACAACCUCCGUGUUGAGAUUCUGUAUCAUACCAGUCACAUGUUCCAGUUCAAGAUCUGGGAUCCAACUUCUGAACGCUUCGAGGUACCAGUGCCCCUCUCUGUCCCUGGUGCUCCUGAGACAAAUGAGAACAAAAGAAUUUACAAGGUCUCUGUCAGCACCAAGCCGUUUGGCAUCCAGGUCAUCAGGAAGAGCACAGGAACCAAGAUCUGGGACUCUGCCAUGCCAGGUUUUACCUUUUCAGACAUGUUCAUCCACGUGUCGACUCGACUGUCAUCCGAAUUCAUCUACGGCUUUGGAGAAACAGAACAUCCCACCUAUAAACACGAUCUGAACUAUCACACCUGGGGUAUGUUCUCCAAGGACCAGCCUCCUGGUUACAAGAUGAAUUGUUAUGGAGUUCAUCCCUUCUAUAUGGGCCUUGAGAACACAGCUGAUGCUCAUGGGGUGCUGCUGCUGAACAGUAACGCUAUGGAUGUGACUUUCCAGCCGACUCCAUCUUUAACCUACCGCACUACUGGAGGCAUCCUGGAUUUCUACAUGGUCAUGGGACCUACGCCCGAGCUGGUUGUGCAAGAGUACACUGCUCUGAUUGGACGACCUGUCCUACCUGCUUAUUGGUCCCUUGGGUUUCAAUUGUGUCGCUAUGGAUACGCCAAUGACUCUGAAAUAGAAAGUCUGUACCAAGACAUGAGGGCAGCAGGCAUACCCUAUGAUGUUCAGUACGCAGACAUCGACUACAUGGAGCGUCAGCUGGACUUUGUGCUGGACUCAGAUUUUAAAGGACUCCCUGCCCUGGUUGACUCAAUGAGAGAAGAAGGAAUGAGGUUCAUCUUCAUUCUGGAUCCAGCCAUUUCAGGAAAUGAGACAAAUUAUCCUGCUUUUAAAAGAGGGCGAGAAGCUGAUGUUUUCAUCAAAUGGCCCAAAGACAUCAGUGAUGAAAUAGUUUGGGGAAAGGUCUGGCCAGAUUUCCCUAAUGUCACAGUCGAUGACAAUCUUGACUGGGAUACACAAGUAGAGCUCUACAGGGCGUACACAGCAUUUCCAGACUUCUUCCGCACUCAGACAGCAGCUUGGUGGCAUCAAGAAAUCAAUGAUUUCUUUGUGAAUACGAUGAAGUUUGAUGGACUUUGGAUUGACAUGAACGAACCCGCCAGUUUUGUUCAUGGCACAGUUGGAGGGAAGUGUCUUGGUGAUCCGCUUCUAGAAAAUCCACCCUAUAUGCCACCCCUGGAGUCCAAACAACUCGGCUUAAACCACAAGACUCUUUGCAUGAACAGUGAACACAUACUUAACAAUGGAAAGAAGGUCAGACACUACGAUGUCCACAACCUCUAUGGAUGGUCCCACACCAAACCUACCUACGACGCCCUGCUGAGUGUGACGGGGAAGCGAGGAAUAGUGGUAACCAGGUCAACUUACCCCUCCAGUGGGAAAUGGGCCGGACACUGGCUGGGAGACAAUUUUGCCCGCUGGGACCAGCUGUCUAAAUCCAUUAUAGGCAUGAUGGAGUUCAGUCUGUUUGGCAUCUCUUAUACUGGGGCCGACAUAUGUGGGUUUUUUGACAAAGCAGAGUAUGAGAUGUGUCUUCGCUGGAUGCAGCUUGGGGCUUUCUAUCCGUACUCACGCAACCACAACAGCAAAGGGAACCCGAGACAAGAUCCUGUGGCCUGGGAUGACAACUUUGCUGCGGCGUCUCGAGAUGUCCUCAACAUCCGUUACACCCUCCUGCCAUACCUGUACACUCUGAUGUUUGAGGCACACACCAAAGGAAGCACAGUUAUCAGACCUCUGCUGCAUGAAUUUGUAAAUGACAAAACUACGUGGGACAUUUACAAACAGUUUCUCUGGGGACCUGCUCUGCUUAUCACCCCUGUCCUAGAUGAGAAAGUCAAGGAAGUGGAAGGCUACCUUCCUAAUGCGCGCUGGUACGACUACCACACAGCGAAGGAUGUCGGGGUGCGUGGGGAAAAGAUUAAUUUGCCAACACCACUGAAUCAAAUUAAUCUUCACGUCAGAGGAGGAUACAUUUUACCCUGGCAGAAACCAGAGAACAACACGUACCACAGCCGAAAGAAUCCUUUAGGACUCCUCGUGGCCCUGAGUGACUCUGGAGCAGCUCACGGGUCAUUUUUCUGGGAUGAUGGAGAAGGAGUGGACACGGUGGGGAGAAAUCAAUAUCUUUUGACUUCCUUUACAGCAGAAUCAAACACGUUGAGCAGUCAGGUUGUCCACAACGCACUGGCAGCUGCUGAUCACCUGGUUUUGGGCGCGGUGAAGGUUUGGGGGGCGGGUCAUGUCAGGAUCACAGAGGCGACUCUAACAGACUCAGAAGGGAAACCUCAUCUCCUCACUCUGGACCAUAACCUUGAAACUCAGGAGCUGAUUAUAGAUGUCACACCAAAGUCUUAUCCUCUCCAUCUUCCUUUUACUAUAAACUGGAGGACCAGCAGCUGAAAGUCAUACGUGUGUUUCACUCAUAAAUUAUAUUUAUGUACCUCAAGGUUCAGCGUCAAACCUCGAGUACUUUUGGUUUUGAUUCUGUCAUCAAAGUGCCUUAAAAUCAAUCUUAAAAAAAAAAAGGUGUCAAACAA